CCGGUAGUUGUCAGUAGAGACGCUGCUGUCUCUCUCUCUCUCAGGUAGGGCCUCAGAGCGAAGAUGGCGACGGACAAACAGAAACAUGAAGGCAGGGUGAAAAUCGGACAUUAUAUUCUCGGAGACACCCUAGGAGUGGGAACGUUUGGAAAAGUCAAAGUGGGCCAGCAUGAGUUGACCAAGCACCAGGUGGCGGUAAAGAUUCUGAACCGGCAGAAGAUCCGCAGUCUGGAUGUGGUGGGGAAGAUUCGACGUGAGAUCCAGAACCUCAAACUCUUCCGUCACCCGCAUAUAAUCAAACUUUACCAAGUCAUCAGCACACCAACAGACAUCUUCAUGGUAAUGGAAUAUGUGUCAGGAGGAGAACUCUUUGACUACAUCUGUAAAAAUGGAAAGUUGGAUGAGAAGGAGAGCAGGCGCCUGUUCCAGCAGAUCAUCUCAGGGGUGGAUUACUGCCACAGACAUAUGGUGGUACACAGAGACCUCAAGCCUGAGAACGUCCUGCUGGAUGCGCACAUGAAUGCCAAGAUUGCAGACUUUGGCUUGUCAAACAUGAUGUCAGAUGGAGAAUUCUUAAGGACGAGUUGUGGUUCUCCUAAUUAUGCUGCUCCGGAAGUCAUCUCUGGAAGGUUAUACGCAGGACCUGAGGUGGACAUCUGGAGCAGUGGUGUGAUUUUGUAUGCUCUGCUGUGCGGAACGCUACCGUUUGAUGACGACCACGUGCCAACACUGUUCAAGAAGAUCUGCGAUGGGAUCUUCUUCACGCCUCCGUACCUAAACUCCUCCGUUAUUAGUCUUCUGAAACACAUGCUCCAGGUGGACCCCAUGAAGAGAGCCACCAUUAAAGAGAUUCGGGAGGAUGAGUGGUUUAAACAAGAUCUCCCCAAGUAUCUGUUCCCAGAGGACGCUGCAUAUAGCAGUAAUAUGAUUGAUGAGGAGGCACUGAAGGAGGUGUGCGAGAAGUUUGAGUGCACUGAGGAGGAGGUGCUCAACUGCUUGUACAGUCGCAAUCACCAGGAUCCUCUUGCUGUGGCCUAUCACUUGAUCAUAGACAACCGGCGCAUUAUGAACGAGGCCAAAGAUUUCUAUUUGGCCUCCAGCCCCCCGGACAGCUUCCUAGAUGACCUGCCUGCGCACCACUCUGCGAAGAUUCACCCCGAGAGAGUGCCAUUCCUGGUGACAGAGUCCCAGCCACGUCCUCGACACACGCUGGAUGAGCUUAACCCCCAAAAGUCCAAGCAUCUCGGUGUCCGGCGGGCCAAGUGGCACCUGGGAAUCCGCAGCCAGAGCAGACCGAAUGAUAUCAUGAGUGAGGUCUGUCGUGCUAUGAAGCAGUUGGACUAUGAGUGGAAGGUAGUUAAUCCUUAUUACUUGCGAGUGCGGAGGAAGAACCCAGUCACUGGCAUACAUACAAAGAUGAGCCUCCAGCUCUACCAGGUGGACAGCAGGACCUAUUUACUUGACUUCAGGAGCAUAGAUGAUGACAUGAUAGAAGUAAAAUCGGGUACUGCCACACCUCACCGCUCUGGCUCAGUCGGUAACUACCGGACUACCCUAAAGAACGAGAAAAACGAAUGUGAGGAUGCAGCAAAGGGCGACACGUCCGCACCCUCCACGCCUCCAAUAUCCGGAGGGAAAGCGGUUGAAGGCUCUCUGGCUUCUUCUCUUACCUCCUCAGUGGAUUCGACAGGGGGAGAGAUCCUCCCCCGCCCAGGAAGUCACACCAUCGAGUUCUUUGAGAUGGGUACUCCUCUUCUUCAGAUCAGUUCUUUCAACAUAUGUUUCAUAGAUGAAAAAGAAAACAAUAUAAGUUUGAACUAAGUUGCUCUUGUUCAUUUGCCUGCCCAGAGCUCCAGCUAUGUUCAAAUGAAAUAUCCCAAAUUCAAUGCUAAAAAAGCUAAGAUGUCAUUUUAAAUAAUAAAUGUAUUCUACGGUAUGUAUGGCACAGCGUAUUUACAUUUUAAAGUCUGAAUGUCUUAACGCACAUUCUUACCACAUUAAAGAAUUAACUCUUAGUUCUUAUAAAUGCAGCAGUAUCAUAUUCUCGAGAAGAAAAGGAGAUUUAAGGCCAGUAAUUCUGAUUUGACCAUCUGGAAUUCUUGAGUCUUUGUUACAUGUUAAGAUCUAGUUUCCUAAAAGGAUGAUGUUGUUUUUGUUCUAAACUGCACUGUCAUUUCAGAAUCUCUAUUAAUGAGAUUGUAGAGCUAAAACUUGACAAUCUGUGCUUUGCAAGUCAGCUUAAGACAAAUCCAGAGAAAUUUAGUUUUGCUCUGUCCCCUUUAUCUUUUUUUCCCCCAAAGGUUAUUUCCCUGUGUAGUUGUCUAAUUCAAGUGUUAACUCUCUUUAUGACUAGGGAACCAUUUCAUCGUCUCCACAGGCUGUUUAUUCAGCCAUCGAAAAGAAGUUUAGAAAAUCUGUUGAUGUUCUUCUCUUAACUCCAUUUAUGUUGAUUAUCUGUGCAGAGAUGCACCUCAUGGAGGCUUGCCAAUGUAAAUUUACAGAUAAUUACUGAUUAUUUACAGUUGUAAAGAUGAUUUGUAAAUACAACUGCCUAAUAAAAUGAUACAUGAAAAAUGA